AUGGAGUCACCACAAGCAAGAAAAUCAGGGCUAAAUCUCCCAGCUGGAAUGUCCAGCAUAACCUCCUUACGCCUCGAAACCCUCUCAACUCCACCUUCCUCCGCUUCGCCUCGCGCAAUCUCGAAUCUCUCAUCAUCAUCACCUUCUAAAACUUCUUCAUGUAGUGAUAGAUUCAUACCUUGUAGAUCCUCUUCAAGGCUCCACACGUUCGGAUUAAUCGAAAAACCGUCACCCGUUAAAGAAGGGAGUUGUGGUGCUGCUGGUGCUCCUGCUUCGCCUAUGAUCAGUCCUAGCAAGAAUAUGCUUCGGUUUAAGACCGAUCAUUCUGGACCUUCUUCGCCGUUUUCUUCGUCGCCUUCGAUUUUUGGUCACCAUUCUGGUUUCUCUAAUGAAUCUGCUACUCCUCCUAAGCCUCCUAGGAAAGUUCCCAAGACACCCCACAAGGUUUUGGAUGCGCCUUCGCUUCAAGAUGACUUUUACUUGAAUCUUGUGGACUGGUCCUCACAAAAUACUCUAGCAGUAGGGCUUGGCACUUGUGUUUAUCUAUGGAGUGCUUCAAACAGCAAAGUGACUAAGCUAUGUGACUUGGGGCCUUAUGAUGGUGUAUGUUCUGUCCAGUGGACCAAGGAGGGUUCUUUCAUAUCUAUUGGUACAAACCUUGGUCAAGUUCAGAUUUGGGAUGGUACUAAAUGCAAAAAGGUCAGAACAAUGGCAGGGCAUCAAACAAGAACCGGUGUCUUGGCAUGGAAUUCUCGAAUUUUGGCUUCGGGGAGUAGGGAUAGGAACAUACUUCAGCAUGACAUGAGGGUUUCAAGUGACUUUAUUGGCAAGCUUGUCGGCCACAAGUCUGAGGUUUGUGGAUUGAAAUGGUCAUGUGAUGACAGGGAACUUGCUUCUGGUGGUAAUGAUAACCAGCUGUUGGUAUGGAAUCAGCAUUCUCAGACGCCAACUUUGAGACUUACAGAGCACACGGCUGCUGUGAAGGCCAUUGCUUGGUCGCCUCACCAGAGCAACCUCCUUGUGUCCGGAGGUGGAACUGCUGAUAGGUGCAUUCGUUUCUGGAACACUACGAAUGGUCACCAAUUGAACUCGGUUGACACUGGAAGCCAGGUGUGUAACCUUGCUUGGAGUAAAAAUGUAAAUGAGCUAGUAAGUACUCAUGGUUACUCACAAAAUCAAAUCAUGGUGUGGAAAUAUCCAUCACUGUCAAAGGUUGCAACUCUUACUGGUCACAGCAUGAGAGUAUUAUACCUAGCAAUGUCUCCUGAUGGUCAGACAAUAGUGACUGGUGCUGGGGAUGAGACUCUGCGGUUUUGGAAUAUUUUCCCAUCAAUGAAAACACCUGCCCCAGUUAAAGAUACAGGCCUUUGGUCACUGGGCCGCACCCAAAUUCGAUGA